AUGUCACUUCAAACUUGUAAGCCAAAAUCAAAAAGAGGCAGAAAAUCAUAUAAUGUAAGAGAAGGAUACAUAGAUCCGUCUGGCCUCACUCAUAUAAUGACAGUGAGACUAUUAAAUGAACGAAUUGGUAAUUUUGAAAAUUUAGCACAAGAAAUAAAGCAUACUAUUAAUAUGAAUAAUAUUAAUAGAAAUAAUCUGAAUCAUGAUCAGAUUGAUCCAAAAAUUAUCUUGCCAGAUUUUCCAGCAAUGAAAACUGUUGAACUUAUAGAGUUUUCACAUAAUUUGGAACAAAUAGCUGAAUCUAUUCUAAAAACUUUUGUUAGACCAAGGAAACAAAAAUCAGAAUAA